GAUGACUGCGAUGGUGCAAGUACGUGUCUCCAUCUUGCUCCUCCAGGCGUGGUGCACCACUCUGGGAAAAUACCUCUACGUGAACGAGAGCAUGACGUGGAAUGACGCUCAGAGUUACUGCCGUGAGUUUCACACAGAUCUGGCUCCGGUUGUGAACCGCGAGGAAAUCUGGAAACCGCGUGAAAUCAGCGGCGACCUGUUUAGUUUCUGGACAGGACUUGUGAGGAAUGAUGGAGACGAAUGGAUGUGGUCAGGGGGCGGCGCGGCAUUGGCAAUUCUCUGGGGAACCGGGGAGCCGAAUGGUCUGCAAAUGGAAGACGCCGGCUUGAUGAUCAACUAUUGGAUUCACGACGCAAACCGAGACCAACAGAAUCCCUUUUUUUGCUUCGAUGCCAUUGUCGUAAGGGAGGAAGCGUGCUGGGAGGAAGCUUUGGGGCACUGCAGGGAGCGACAUAGUGACUUGGCCAGCGUGACAUCACACACAGAGAUGCUAUUGAUCCAGAAACAGCUGGAGAAGAAUCUCUCGACAGAGCAUGUUUGGCUGGGUCUGCAUUUCUUCCCAGGGGGCUGGCGCUGGGUGGACAAGGAGAACUUGACAUACGAGGCCUGGAAUGAGCAUGGCAGACCUUCAUGUCCAGCAGCAAGACAGAAGUGUGGCAGCUUCAAGGUGACGGGAUGGAGGCCAAGCGCCAGUGGAAUUUUGGGAACCAAUAACACGCUAGUUGGGGUUAGCUUGGGGGAAAGUGAUUUGGGGGAAGAAUCCGUGUGGGAGGCUCACGACUGUGAGCAGAAGCUUUAUUUUGUUUGCUACUAAAAUUGCUGACUAAGUAGCUCGAGGCUAAUUAUACGUUAUGUACGUUUGACCUGUUUGACUGUAAUUGUGUGUUUAUGUUUGAAAUAUGUCAAAUUGUCUUUGCUGCUUGUCUUU